AUGAAAAAGACACCCUUAAUUGGUCUAUGCUUGUUAGGAUCGGGAGCUGUUGGAAAGAGUUGUCUAGCUGUUCAAUAUCAUCACGGAAUCUUUGAGGAAAAUGAUUAUGAUCCAACCAUACAAGAUGUACAUCGUAAAAAUGUAAGGCUUAAUGAUAAACGGGAAUAUUGUUUGGAAAUUAGGGACACAGCAGGUGAGCCAGAGCUCCGAGGAUUACUUGAAGAAAUAAUUGAAACAAGUGAAGGCUUCAUGAUUGUGUACAGCGUUUUGGACAAGCGAUCCUUUGAGGAAGUAACAUUAUUUCUCGAUAUGAUUUGGAAAGUUCGAGGAAAAGAGGUGCCUAUCAUGCUGGUCGGAAACAAAAUUGAUACUCUUUCGGCAGAGCAGGCUCGAGCGGUGCCGAGAGAAGAAGCACAACGUUUGGCACAAACGUAUCAACUCUUGUAUCAAGAAACGUCGGCAAAAAGUGGUGAAAAUGUCAAGUCAAGCUUCGUGACAUUGGCCGAGAAAGCUAGAGACAAUAUGAUUCUAACAGGCAAGCUCAAGAAGCCGAGUGGAUGUCAAAUCGCUUAA